AAGUCCACCAUUAAUGGUUAUCUGUUUAGACAAUUUUCCACAAAAAUUGCUGUGUUGUACUAAAUUUACCAGACCCUUUCAAAAAACACCUAACCCCUCUUCAUUUUUUGUCUAUUUAUACACACACAUGUGUGUGCCACAAAAAAAAUUGUAUAUUAUAAGGUGGUAUCAACUAUUCUUUUUAUAAUUUUUGGUAUUCCAGUUAAUUUACAUGCACCUCGACUAAUUUUAGGAGGCAGUAAUAUGUAACGUGGUCUCAAUUAUAGUUCCAUUAUUAUGUGAAUUUGAUUGUGACAUUUUUUUUCAAAUGUUUGACUCUUGUUACAAGAUUUUGUUUUGAUUACUCAGAUUUACUGUUAGACAAAAAAAGAAAAAAAGGAAAGAAGUUUGCUUUAGAGGAGACUUAGGACACGUAAAUCAAGGAGAAAGCUUUUAAGGAUUUUUGCUUCAUUUCAACCACUCACUCAUACACCCUUUAUUCAGACCCUUAAAUUUCUCCUCUUUGUUUGUCUUGUUCUUUCUUUUUUUGAUGAAUCUUAACAGGAAGACCCAAUCAUUGGUUGUUUUGUUGAAGAAUGGGAUGAAUUAAGCAGGCUUUUUGGUACAAAAUCUCAUCUUGGUUUAGCUUUUCUUGGACCAGGACCGUCAAGAGAGCUAGAAAAUCAGAUUUGAGGAGGAUUUAUAUUGUUAUCAACGCUUGGCAGUUAAUAUAGAUAGCAUGGCUCCCGGAGGCAGCAAUUACCAGGAUAUUGGCGAUUCCCGAAGUGGAUAUGCUGAUUAUGGUAUUGCACCAGAAAGUUCUGAAUUCAAAAGCUCCCCUUUUAGAAAAUCUUCAGCUAUUACUGGUGGGAAGCAUGGAGCGGGAUCUAAUAGCGCUGUUCAUGAGCUACUUGAAUGCCCUGUUUGUAUGAAUCCAAUGUACCCGCCCAUUCACCAGUGUCCAAACGGUCACACGUUAUGCCACAAAUGCAAGAAAAAAGUACAUGUAUGCCCAAUUUGCCGCCAUGAGCUUGGAAACAUAAGAUGUCUAGCGCUGGAGAAAAUUGCUGAAUCGCUGGAACUGCCAUGCCGAUACCAAAUUUUUGGCUGUCAAGAUAUAUUCACCUACCAGACUAGGCUUCUACAUGAGCAGAGCUGCAGAUUUCGACCAUACAAUUGCCCAUAUGCAGGAUCUGAAUGCGCUGUUACUGGUGAUAUUCAGUACCUCGUUACACACCUAAAAGAUGAUCACAAGGUUGACAUGCAUGAUGGGUGUACCUUCAACCAUCGUUAUGUCAAAUCUAAUCCUCAAGAAGUUGAGAAUGCUACAUGGAUGUUGACAGUUUUCAACUGUUUCGGUCACCAGUUUUGCUUGCACUUUGAGGCUUUCAACCUUGGAUUGGCACCGGUGUACAUGGCAUUCCUUCGUUUUAUGGGCGACGAUGAUGAUGCAAAAAGAUUUAGUUAUAGUCUUGAAGUAGGUGGAUUUAGCAGAAAGUUAACAUGGCAAGGAGUACCGAGGAGCAUCCGUGAUAGUCAUAAAACUGUUCGAGACAGUUUAGAUGGGCUGAUUAUUCAAAGGAGCAUGGCACUCUUCUUCUCUGGCGGUGACAGGAAGGAGCUGAAGCUAAAGAUAGCUGGCCGCAUUUGGAGAGAACCAUUGUAAACUAGAUAGGGGCAUUUGCGCAAAUGACCAUUGUCGAGGUCACUAUUUAAAUUGUGCCCCUGUUAGUUCAGUGGGCUAAAUUUGUUGGCAAAAAGGCGAAAUUUAGUUCAUUGGGCUAACAGAGACUGAAUUUAAAGAGUGGCCUCUUAGAAGGGCGUUUGGUGCAAAAUAAUCCAACUAGAUAUACUCCUUUUGCUGCAGGAACCCCUGAAAGUAUAGUUAGAUAUUCCUGAUUGGUUGGUGGCUUAUUUUUUGCAUUUCUUGUAAAUGGUUACUAGAAAAUCUGCAGAUGGUUCUAUACAGUUCCUGGUUUUUGGAUCGAUCGAUUUGUAUCGAGUGUAGUUUAGCUCAACUAUGGACCCAUGUUAUGGUUAUUGCUGGCCUUGUAUCUAAAGUUGUGAGGCAUUUAGGCUUUUUUGACCAGCCAUAUGAUAAUCUAUGUAGUAGUUAGUCUCUUAUC